AUGACCGGGCACCAGCACAUCAGUUUCCUGAGGGGGUGGAUAACACACAGUUUACUUCCUCGUGACGAGAUUUUAAAAGCUUCCACUGAAUUGUUAGCACCAAGCCUUCGAGAAUACGAUGACGACGUUGAUAAUCACCAUCCACUAGUCUAUGGUGUAGACAGCGGUUCCUUGUGGGUCCGGGAGUCCAUAUGCAAUCUUUCCAACCAAGCAUUCCGAUUGGAAAACGACGAAAGAGCUAAAAGUAAGCCCGAGUAUAUCAAUUUAACAUCUGGUGCAUCCUAUGGAAUGCUUAACUUAUUGCUGCAGACUACGCUUCCGCACACGGGCUACACAAGGCAGGCCUUCGUGGUGUCUCCCACAUAUUUCCUUAUCAACAACGCAUUCAUCGACGCUGGGUUCCGAGGCAAAAUCACCGCAAUUCGCGAGAAGGGCGAUGGGCUCGAUCUGGAAACACUUCAAGAGCGCCUAGACUAUUUUGUGAAAGCUGACGAGGGUCAUAAUCACAGCGAAGACCCGUACUUGGUAAACCCCGCAAUUGGCGAACCCAAGAAACUCUACCGUUUUGUAAUUUAUCUGAUCCCCACGCACUCAAACCCUAGUGGUAAAACGUACUCCUUAAAUUUCAGACUCAAGUUGAUAGCAUUGGCCCGCAAAUACGACAUGUUGAUUAUAACUGAUGAUGUUUACGACCUGCUCAACUACGAACAGCCAAUGGGGCAGCUUCCAUGCCCCAUUCCUAGAUUCACCACGCUAGAUAGGGCUAGUUGUCAAGGAACAGCUCAGGACUUCGGAAACACGAUCGUCAAUACCACUUUUUCCAAGUUGAUCGCGCCUGGUUUACGGUUUGGGUAUCAGGAAAGUGUUAACGACAAGCUGGUCACCCAGCUAUCGAAAGGGGGUGCAAAUGCUUCCGGAGGCACACCGUCGCAGCUGAACUCCAUGAUUGUUGGUACGAUGCUUCGGAAUGGCGACUGCGCCAAGCUGGUAAAACAGAUAAGGGAAACUCUGCGGGAGAGGUGCCAGACGCUAUACGAUAGUAUAAAGAAAUUUAUGCCACUCGAUACCCAAUAUGAUCUCCAAACAGGAGGGUAUUUUUCCUGGUGUACACUACCCGACGGCUACGAUUCUAAAGAAAUAUGCGAAAGGCUAGCUUGUGAAUCGAACGUCCUAAUACCAGAUGGAUCUCGGUUUGAAGUUGUCGACAACUGUAUGGAAUGGGAAAAACGCAGCGUGCGUUUGAGUGUCAGUUACCUUUCAUCAACAGAAAUCGAAACUGGCGUAUACCUGUGGGGACAAAUGUGCAAACGCUAUGCUGAGGAGCACCAGUUAAAGUUUUGA